AUGUUCCCCCUCCCCGGCUGCACCCACCGCUUCUGCAACGACUGCAUCUCCCGCCACCUCUCCAUCAAGGUCACCAAGCGCGCCAUCGCCGACGCCCUCGCCUGCCCCGGAACUGGCUGCGCCGCCGCGUGCAGGGCCGUGCUCCCCGCCGAGGUGGCGGCGGCGUGGGACGAGGUGCUGUGCGAGGCGGCCAUCGGGGUGGGGCAGCGCGUCUACUGCCCCUACAAGGACUGCUCGGCCCUGCUGGUCGACGACGGCAGCGGGGGCAUCGCCUUGGCGGAGUGCCCCUUCUGCAAUAGGCUCUUCUGCGCGAGCUGCAACGUGGCGCCGUCGCACACCGGGAUGGACUGCGAGGGCUUCGCGAAGCUAGGGAAGGACGAGAGAGAGGAAGGGGAUUUGAUGGUGCAUGAUCUUGCCAAGUCCAACAAGUGGCGGAGGUGCCCCGGCUGCAACUUCUACGUCGAGAAGAAUGAAGGAUGCCUGCACAUUACGUGCAGCUGUGGUUGA